UCAGUACAGCAAGUAAUGUCGCCUGCCAGGAACUAAAGUCCUGUUUUAUGCGCUUCAUCUGAGAGUAUUUUCCCAUGCGGAUUUCACUGCACAACUGUAUGGAUGAAUAAAUGCUUUAGGAAACAUGGGAGCAGACAUUGGCAUCAGUUUGUGAGUACCUGACUCCAGAGCAGAGGUGAGAAAUUCAAUAUUGAGUGAUGUGCAUUGUCCCAUUCAUUUAUAAACUUCUUAUGGUGGAAUAGGAGAGUCCUUAUGUACUUUUAUAAAGGAGCAAGAAAACACUUUGGCAUCAAGACUUUGGGUUAUGCUGGUUAAACCCUGAGAGGUUGUCAUGGAGUGGCUGGCCUCAGCUUUAGAGCGAGACCUUGGAUUGGACCAGCGGCAGAUUGGACCAGGAGCACGACCCCAUGAGCUGGUGGCACUUGUUUCAACCCGCUGGCUUAUGGGACUAAGAGAAAGGAGAGUAACCCGUUGUGCUCGUUAUGAUUGUAGUAGUGAUGGAGAUAUUCGUACUUUCCUCCAGCGCUCUCAGGUAAAGUUACCUUCGGGGUGGACUCUUGUUUCCAUCCAAGGUCUAAGGAAAAGUAAGUUGAAUUAUAGGAUUGCCAGAGAAACAGGCCGGCAUGGAAAGGCCUUCUCACAGGACUCUUUUAUGAGACAGAUGCAGGACGUGUCGGAGUGCAACAUCAGGAAUCUGUGGCAUGAGGCAUAUAUAAAAUAUGUGCAGCCAUAUGCAAGAGCUACAGAUCAAACACAGGUUUUGGCCAUUGAUGCGGUUCACCAAGCUCUGCAAAAACUGUUUGGCUGUAUGUUUCUUUCAACUGACCGGUUGUCACCAUCCCUCUCUCCGGCCAGAGAGAAGGAGAAGGAGAGAGAGUGUCCUCUAUCAUCUAGCAUUUCAGCUGUCAAGCAAAACACAGAGACUCUGUGUCCAAAUGUGGUACCAGUUGAAUGCUUGCUUGAGUCGGGGGAGGUGCUGUAUGUCAUUCACCCAUAUACACGAUACUCCCUUCAUGAUGUUGUUACCUAUAGUCCAGCUAAGCUUGCCAACAGCAAUGCUAAAGUGUUGUUCAUUUUGUAUCAAGUGCUUAUAGCAAUGCGUGCAUGUCAUGCAUCAGGACUGUCAUGUGGAGAGCUUUCCUUGCAGGACAUAGCUGUGGAUGAGCACCUCUGCAGUCGCCUCAAAAUAUCCCUAGCACAUUACGAAAAACUUGGCGAGGAUGGAAAUGCAGCAGAGUAUGCAGUGAGAAGGCAAAUGCCCAAACCUCUAAAAGAGAAAGGUGCUGAAAAUUUAAGAAGUGGUGUCAGUGAACAGCACUGCCAGGAUUGUCAUGAUUAUCUCAAAUCUUUGGUCCUUGACUGGGUUCAUGGCAGAGUCAGCAAUUUUUGUUAUUUGAUGGAACUGAACAGAUUAGCUGGCAGACGUGAGGGUGACCCAAACUAUCACCCAGUUCUACCCUGGGUGGUAGAUUUUACUGUACCAUAUGGAAGAUUUCGUGACCUUAGGAGGUCAAAGUUUCGUCUAAAUAAAGGCGAUAAACAACUGGAUUUCACUUAUGAAAUGACCAAAGAAGCUCUUGUAGCAGCAGCCAAUGGAGCUGGUGUAAGCCUCUUUCCUUCCGAUCUUGGUGCAUCAGUUGGCCCUAGUGGUUCAGGACAGUCAGAUCAUCUGCAUGUACCACAUCAUAUUUCUGAUGUUUUAUCAGACAUUACUUACUAUGUCUACAGGGCUAGACAGACACCCAAAUCUGUACUUUGUAGCCAUGUUCGUUCUCAGUGGGAGCCCAAUGAAUACCCAGCUAGCAUGGAACGUAUUCAGAGUUGGACACCAGACGAAUGCAUCCCGGAAUUCUACACAGACCCUUCUAUAUUUCGGUCCAUUCAUCCAGACAUGCCAGAUCUUGAGGUGCCUCCAUGGUGUAACUCCUAUGAGGAGUUUAUUGCGGUGCACAGGCGCCUUUUAGACAGUCGUGAAGUCUCCCAGCACCUACACCAUUGGAUUGACUUAACGUUUGGCUAUAAGCUGACAGGUAAAGAAGCAGUAAAAGCCAAGAAUGUUUGCUUGCACUUAGUGGAUAAUCAUACUCAACUAACCUGCUAUGGAGUUGUUCAACUCUUUGAUCAACCUCACCCACCCUGCCUUGCACCUUAUCAAUAUUCACCCGCAGAACCUCCACACCUUGAUCCUAUCAGUGUGUUAGCAUGGCAAAUCCCACCUCUUGAGACUACAGUAGAUGUGGACAGAACAGUCCCAGAGGCAACCGGGUGUGAAUCUAGUGGUUGGACACUGGUUGAUAGGGAUGAAGAGCUGGAGCAGGGAACAGAGGCUCUUGAUUCCUUAAGUGCUAGUGUCUCUGCUACUACCACGAUGCCAGUACCUACUGUCAGCUCUGCAGGAGGGAAGACAAUUGGGGAGGCUGCUGGUCUGGUAUUGUCUCCCUCUCAUAGUUCUUUUCCUGGAGAAAAUGCAAGCAACGCCAUAAAUGCUCUUGGACCUAUAGGCAACAUUCUUCACAGAGGAACCUCGGUUAUUAAGAAGCAGGAAGGUAUUACUGCAUCUAACACAAACCCAGAAGAUUUUAAAAUAAAUUUGCCAGAAGGAUUCAAGCCUUUGCAACCAUUAGAAGAGUUAGAGAUGCUUAAUAUUUUCUUAGUUAAAGGGUUGCAUUCUGAAGUUCAGAAUACAGUAGACAUAGAGAGAAGAGCAUCAGGUACUGCAUCAAAAGCACCUUUGUCUUUUACGGACCUCUUCCACAGAGACAUGCAAGCCCUCGGUGUUUUCAUUGCAGAAAUAUUUUAUUCAUCAAAACUUCAGUGCAUAAAACCAGGAACAUCUUUGAGUGGACGUUAUCGAGCAGUUAUGAAGUUGUGCUCUUCUAGUCUUAGGGAUAUCCCACUACCGCUUCAUCACGCACUUGAAUGCCUUUUGCAGAUUCACAAGCACACAUCUGAGGCUGAAUCUUUGAACUUGCACUAUUCUGGCCUACCAUUACUUUUUAAAUAUGACCCAAUUCAUGAGGGCCUUCCACCGCCAAAUCCUUGGCAAAUGCUUACUCCUGUGUUAUCUCCAUUACCGUUUCCUGAAUAUUUCCCAGCACUUCAUCUCUUCAUUUUCUCGUACUAUUCCAAGAUACUGUCCAGCAACAGUAUUCAAGGUCGGGAUAUUGUUUUUAGCUUAUGGCAACAGCUGCAGAAACUUCUACAGGGUGAUAUUACUGCAGAGGGACUGGAAAUUCUCUUACCUUUUGUGCUUGCUUUAAUGACAGAAGAAUCGACAGCUGUAUAUGCUGCCUGGUAUUUAUUUGAACCAGUCUCCAGUGUCCUUGGGCCACGCAAUUCUUCAAAAUAUUUGAUAAAGCCACUUAUAGGUGUAUAUGAAAACCCCCACUGCCUUCGAGGUCGUUUCUACCUCUACACAGAUUGUUUUGUGUUACAGCUUAUAGUGCGGCUUGGCCUGCAAGCUUUUUUGUCUAGCCUUCUACCUCAUGUGCUCCAAGUUAUCACUGGAUUUGAGAGCUGUCGCAGAGGGGAAGGGAAUGAAUGGGAUGGACAUAAGACUUUAAGGGAUGGUAUGGGUGCCUUAGGAGAAGAGGAGGAAGACUUUGAAUGUGUCAAUGGCAGACCAUCAUCAGCCGCGUCAGCUGGCAAAGUGGGGGGUGGCAGUGGUGCUGGUAGCAGUGGUGUUGGGGUUGGAGACCCAGGACUUGUGGACUACUCAUCAGGCAUCAGUCUGAAUGACCAGGUCUUUAUUGCUGAUGGUGAGGACUUUCAGAACGGCUUUUAUGUCAAUAAUGGAACGUGUGUACCAACAGCUGGAGAAUCUACUAAACUGCAAGGCAAGAACUCUACAAACAAAGACCAAGAUCAGGAAUCUCUAAGUGUGGGUAAACUAAGUGACAAGAGUAGUGCUAGUGAGGUGUCCAUUGGAGAUGGAGACUCUAUCAAGGACCGAGCAAGUUUAAAGUCUGCUGACAGCAGUCAGGACUUAAAGCAGACCAGUGAUGUGGAAGAUGGAGGUGAUCUGGAGGAUGAAGAUGUAACAGAAGAGGAAAAAGACAAGACAGUACAGAGAGCUCCUAGUCUUGAACUCACAUUGUCUGGAUGCACAGAUGAGUCUGAAGCUACAGUAGGUACCCUAGAGGGGGACUUUAUGAAUGGAAUGGUGCAAGGAGAGAAUGAGAAAAACAUGGAAGAGGAUGAGCAUGACCCUUCAGAGGACUCUGAGGAAAAAGAGCACAAGAUAUUAUUGGACACUGUUUGUAAGACUGUAAGAUGGCUGUCUGCUAAAUUGGGGCCCACGGUAACCUCACGAUAUGUAGCUAGAAAUCUUCUGCGUCUUCUUACUACCUGCUAUAUUGGCCCUGAGAAGCACCAGUUUUUGCUGUCUGCAAACGAAGAAAGUAGCCUUGACAGCGCAGGAAGUGUUUAUGAAAAGAAACCAAUUGUUGGUGACCAGACUGCAAAGCCAGUUCUCGAUUGUCUUAUCUACAUAGCCCAUCUGUAUGGAGAGCCUGUUCUGACUUAUCAGUACCUGCCAUACAUUGGUUACCUAGUGUCUCCCCCGUCUUCCUGCCGCCUGAAUACUCGUAAGGAGGCAGGGCUUCUAGGUGCAGUUGUGCUAGCUCAAAAAAUUAUAGUGUAUCUGUCAGACACCACUCUAAUGGAUAUGCUGAUGAAGAUCAAUCAGGAUGUUCUUCUUCCCCUGCUCGACCUGCUCACCUCACCCAAAAUGGGUUUUCCCAGCGGGGUGCAGUCCCGUUCUGCUGUGUGUUUAAAGACUCUUAGCCUGAUGGCACUGAUAUGGCUGAGAAUUGGCAGGGAGAUGGUGCAACAGCACAUGGCAGACACUCUCUGCAAGUUCUUUCGGGUCUUCUCUUUGCUGGACAGUCUGCAGCACCAGACAGAGAACAGACCCCGAAAAGUGGUUGGAGAGUACACAUAUAUUGAGGUGUGCACUCCAGGGGGAACAUUGGUGACCUGUGAAGUGGGGGUUCUGGAAGAACUUCAGGCCGUGUUUAGCCCAGAGAUGGCAUAUACCUCUUAUAUCCCAUUGCAGUGUCUCAUUGGUGAUGCAGUUAUUCGCAAGUUAGUUCCUAACCAUGACUUAGUUUGGGGACUGGCUAUGUCCUAUCAUAGGAAAGUAAGCCCAGAAACACCAGAAUCAAACCUAGCUGGCGGUCAAAAGGCAGAGAUGGCCACUUCUUCCAUGGGCUUCUCUCCAAGCUUAAGUCACCAGUUUGGUCGCAGUCCCUUUCCAGCUCCCUCGUCCACUUCAACUCCUCUUAGUGGGGACCCUCUUCCUGAAUCUGGAACCUUUGGCAGUCACUUAAUAGGAAAUCGCAUCCAAGUAGCCCGGGACACUGAGCCAAGUAGUAGCCCGAAUCAGUCAUCUCUUGAUAUCUGGGUACGGCCUCUUGUGAGCUAUAUGCCAUCCUCUAUGUUUGCCCCCAUGUCUGCGGGAACAGUUUCCUCAUUUUCUUCAUCCUCUUGGGUCCUGGGUCACACUCCUGAGGACAGCGCACUGAAGCAGGAGCUCCCACGCAGCAGUCGAUCUCUGCAGGGUAACUGGUUGGCGUACUGGCAAUAUGAGAUUGGAUUUAACCAGCAGGACCCACGUUUCCAUUUCCACCAGAUCCGCUUGCAGAGCUUUUUGGGCCACUCUGGUACAGCUAAGUGUCUGGCUCCCCUAGCGGGUGAGGACUUUUUUCUUUCUGGAAGCAAAGACAAAACAGUGAAACUCUGGCCACUGUAUAAUUAUGGUGAUGGCACUCAAGAGGUAGAACCACGGCUGACAUACACAGAGCAUCGCAAGUCUGUGUUCUGUGUUGCACAGCUGGAGUCAUUACAGGAGGUGGUGAGCUGUGACGGCACUGUACAUAUUUGGGACCAGUUCACAGGCAAGCAGAUUCGCUCUUAUGAAGUACUUGAUGGAAAGAAUCCCAUCACGGCCGUCACCACUAUGCCACCUCCUCAUUGCAGCGUGGUGUUUGCCAGUGCUGACUCUGUCCUUCGUUUUUUAGAUCCACGCAAACCUGGCUUACAGCACGAGUUUCGCCUGGCCUACAACAACCUAAGUGCGGGUCUAAUUCGCUGCCUUGCUGUGAGCCCCGGAGGACGUACAGUGGCGGCUGGAUUCUCUUCAGGAUUCGUAGUGGUGUUGGAUGCUCGGACUGGGCUGGUGCUGCGAGGCUGGCCUGCCCAUGAGGGAGAUAUACUGCAGAUGAAGGCAGCAGAGGGGAAUUUGUUGAUUUGUUCCUCCACCGAUCACACUUUGUCAGUGUGGAAAGAUCUGGAGCACAAGCCUCUUCAUCUGUACAGGACUCCAUCUGAUCCAAUCCAUGCCUUUGACCUCUAUGGUGCUGAGAUUGUGGCAGGCACUGUGGCCAACAAAAUAGGCGUGUACUCCAUGAUGGACAUCUCUGCCAGCCCCGCUAGUUGUACCAAACUUAGCUCUGAGAACUUCCGCGGUACCCUCACCAGCCUUGCUGUGCUGCCCACCAAAAGGCUUCUGCUGCUGGGUUCUGAGAAUGGAGCCAUCAGACUUCUGGCUUAAACAUUUGUAAAGCUCCAGCACAAGCAGUACUGAUGUUAAGUGUUGCAUUAAUAUAUUUGCUUUUUGCACCAACGCUGGCUCUGCCUAAUAAGCAAAGAUGAUUGUCAUCUCAUGCCCUUUUCAGCUAUCGUGGGGAGCUUCUGUGACUGAAGAUAAUUUACGAAUGUCUUACCACCUUAGUUUUACUAAGGUUUAACAGAACAUUUAAAGUAUUUACACAAUCAACAAUGAAAAGAUCAGCUUCACAAACCAUUUAUACAAUUUUAUACAAUUUAUCUAUGGAGUUUAUGAUCAGCUGUUGUUUAUGUACAAGGAAUUCAUGGAUCUAAUUUCUUAUCCUGGUAAAAGAUAAACUGUUUCUAUAGACAAGUGGGUAAGAAGAACUACUCAGGAAUGUUGAGCCUAUCAUGGUUCCACUGUAGUGUUUACACUUUUAAAAUAGGUGUUCAGAAUCACCAAACCCCACUGUGUGAAUCACAGGAAAAACCUUGUCAAUGCUAUAAUGUUACCAUGCACCUGAGACAUUUAACAACUAUGCAGUAUUUGUGGGUUUUUAUCUGUAUUCCAUGUUGUCCACUGUAUGAGUACUACCUUUAUGAACAUAUAGGAAACCCUAACUAAUAUUAAUGAAAGGUAUAUGAAAGGUAUGUUCCAAAACGUCAUAUCAAUCAUUGCAUAUUGGUGUCACGCAUGCACUCAGUUAUAUACCCAUGUGUGUGUAUGUGUGUGUACGCACCACAGUAGAUGAGGAAAUAUGUAGCCAUAGAUUAUCUAUGAGAAAGGGUUGAGUAACAGGUCAAUAAUCCCAUAAUAAAUGGGAUCUACAUUUUAGUGCAACAGUAAAUUCUUACAAAGUUUGAAUUGUUCUCAAUAAUUGUAUUGUCAUAAGUUAUGUAUACCUGUAGUAUUCUUUUUAUUUCUUAUAUACUUGUGUAUCCUAACCACUGAUGAAAGAAAUGUGAAUUAUAUGCACAUAGUAGUCUCUUAUUUGACAUUCCAGUUAGACUGUAAUCAAGUUCUGAGGCUGUAACAUUUGGCAAGUAUAAGAUAAUGUUUUACAGCUUUAUCAAGAUUAAUUAAAAUCAGUUAACACACAAUCCACAAAGUACACUGGCUCAUGAUCAGACAAGGGUAUACAUAAAAGAGACACUCCUGGAUCUAUUCCCAAUUCCAGCUCUGAUCAUAAUUCUACUUUGGAAAAGAAUUUAGAUUACAGUUACUAAUCUGAAAUAGAUCUCUUGCAAUAAACUCUAAAUGUUUGGUUAUACAUUUUUCUUGCACAAGUGCAAGUCUGCCUAGAAAUCCCAAAAGUUUGGGAGUUCUUUAGUGAGACGACAUCUCUUAAACUGAUCUAUUGUUCAUGUCUGUAAGAUUUUACAUCGUCUGUUGUCUAACUGCAAUAUAUGGAAUUGUUUA